AUGCCUGGAGGAUUUGAAAAGUCGGUCAAGGGGGCCACAAAGCUCAAGCUUGCGGCCCCUAAAUCAAAAUACAUCGAGAACAUUCUCGUGGCGACUCACACAGGCGAGGCAGGAGUCGCAGAGGUAUUCCGAACUCUGCAACUUCGGCUACGAGACUCUGCUUGGACCAUCGUAUUCAAAGCGCUCAUCGUUCUGCAUCUCAUGAUCCGGGAGGGUCAACAGGAUGCCGCGCUGGGAUACCUUUCUGAUAACCCAAAGAAGAUCGCUCCCAGCAACUUCUCUGAAGCCCAAUCGCAAGGACAUAACAUCCGACGCUAUGCCGAAUACCUAAUCACACGCGCCAAGGCCUUCGAGGCUUCAAAGACGGACCACGUGCGAAACGGGCCUGGACGGUUGAAGAGGAUAGGUGUGGAAAAGGGUCUUUUGAGAGAGACGGAGAUUGUGCAGAAGCAGAUCCGCGCGUUGCUUCGGUGUGAUCUCUUGUCAGAUGAACCCGAGAAUGAGAUCAGUUUGACGGCGUUCCGUCUCCUCACACUCGAUCUGUUGACACUAUACUCGGUCAUGAAUGAAGGCACAAUCAAUGUUUUGGAACACUAUUUUGAAAUGUCGCGACCGGAUAGUGUCCGUGCCCUGGCAAUAUACAAAACGUUCACAAAGCAAACAGAAGAAGUGGUCCAAUUCUUAGGCGUGGCAAGGCAUUUUCAAUCUGCCACCCGCUUGGAGAUUCCAAAGCUCAAGCACGCUUCCACAGACCUGGCACGGCUUUUAGAAGAUGAUCUGAACGACCCUGACUUUGACCUCCGGCGGCGGGAAUACCUGGCCAAAAAAGGCGUUCCUAUCCCACCAAGUAUGGAGUCUUCUACAAUGGCGGACACCGAAAAGUCGACCCCGGUGCAAUAUCGCCCGCCAUCCAAUUCUAACAGCCAGCCUCAACAAGCCAAGCCCGCUCCCGUGGACCUGAUUGACUUCUUUGACUCGAUCGAGCAAAACCAACAGCAGAUGGGGCAGCAAGUGCCAAUGCAAUACCAGCAAACUGGGUUCCAACAAGCUCCACCGCAACAGCAGCAGCAGCAAUUCUACGCGCAACAGACUGGCUUCCAGCAGCAGCCUCAGGCGACCCAGCAGCAAGCACAGCCAACUGGCUAUGCUCAGCCAAACCAAUUCGGGGCGCCUUAUCAAGCCCAGGGCCCCAACAACCCCUUUGGACAGCAGCAGCAACCACAUCAACCGCAACCGCAACCACUUCAGGCCAUGCCAACUGGGGCUGGGUUCGGUGGAUACACAGCGCAGCCACAACAGUACAAUUACCAGACUCAAUUGGCUCCUAUCCCACAAGAGAAUGUUGCCUCUUUCCCUCAACAGCAGCAGGCACCCCAACCCUUGCAGCCCCAGCACACUAAUCCGUUCCGUCAGUCUAUGAUGAUGAAUUCUUCCACGGGCCCUCCGUCUGCUGCCCCUCUUUCUCGGCAGAACACCAACCCAUUCGCCAAAAGGUUAUCGACCGCAAAACCCCAAUAUAAUCCCGCCUCACAUGAGCAAUUCCAACCCCCCCUUACCUCCGCCACCACAGCUUCCUCAACAACAAGCGCAACCCAUUCAACCUCAGCGGACAGGGACCAACCCAUUUGCACGCAGCUCUCCUGCUCCUCAACAACCGGCAGCGGCCCCCUUGCAGCCCAAUCCGACUGGCAGCACCAAUCCUUUCCGACAGAGCCAGUUUGUCAACCAGCAGACCGGACAAGGUUGGCAACAUAG